AUGGCCGCUCCGCGCCCGCCCCCCGCUGUCGCCGUGUCGGCGCCUGCCUUUUACGCGCCGCAGAAGAAGUUCGGCCCGGUGGUCGCCCCCAAGCCCAAAGUGAACCCUUUCCGGCACGGGGACGCUGAGUCCACCGCAGCAGCCGGCGCGCAGCGUGCGCAGAUGGGCCGGGUGGGCGAGGCGCCCCCACCGCCUCCCGAAGACUUUCCCUUACCACCCCCUCCGCCCCUCGGGGACUGUGAUGAUGAUGCGGAGGGUGCCUUGGGGGUUCCUUUCCCCCCUCCUCCGCCUCCCAUCGAGGAGCUGUUCCCCCCUAUGCCCUCGGAGGAGGACCUCUUCAUGACCCCGCCGCCCCCAUUGGAGGAAGAAGGAGGGCCAGCGGCACCCACCUCGCUCCCACCACAGCCCAGGGAGAAGGUCAGCAGCAUUGACUUGGAGAUGGACUCACUGUCCUCGCUGCUGGACGACAUGACCAGGAACGACCCCUUCAAGACCCGGGUGUCCUCUGGAUACAUGCCCCCGCCUCCAGUUGCUGUACCUUUCACUCCCAAACCCAGUUCUAGGCCUGCACCUGGUGGGACCGCACCCCUGCCUCCUUGGAAGGUCCCCUCUAGUUCCCAGUCUCCGUCUCAGACUCACACCCUUCCUCAGAGCCAGACACAGGUCCCUGCCCCACCCCAGGCCUGGUCAAAGGUCCAGCCCCAGGCCCCAUCCCAGGCCCUGAACCCAGUCUUGAACCAGGCCCAGGUCCUGCCCCAGCCUGUGUCUUCUGCCCACACUCAACCUCGAGGUUCCCCAGCCCCUAAGUUUUCUCCAGUGGCCACCAGGUUUACUCCUGUGGCAUCUAAGUUCACCCCAGGAGCCCCAGGGGGACCUGCAUCACAGUCCAGUCAGAAGUCGGGGUCCUCUGUAGCUUCCCCUUCCAUGGGCACAGGCUCCGUCCAGUCCCCCAUUGUCCCCUACGCUCAGCAGAGGGAGAAACCCCGUGUGCAGGAGAAGCAGCAACCAGUACCCCCACCUCCGCCAGUUCCAAACCAGGUUCACACCUCUGGGCCCCCUGGGCCCCCUGGCCCCCUGACUCUGAAGGAGGUGGAGGAGCUGGAGCAACUAACUCAGCAACUCAUGCAGGACAUGGAGCAGCCCCAGAGGCCAGUUACCAGCGAGCUCUGUGGCUGUUGCCAAGAGCCCCUGGCGCGUGCCCAGCCGGCCGUCCGCGCGCUGGGCCAGCUGUUCCACAUCUCCUGCUUCACCUGCCACCAGUGUUCCCGGCAGCUGCAGGGGCAGCAGUUCUACAGCCUGGAGGGGGUGCCCUACUGUGAGGCCUGCUACACCGACACCCUGGACAAAUGUAGCACCUGUGGGCAGCCCAUCACGGAACGCAUGUUGCGAGCCACGGGCAGGGCCUACCACCCAGACUGCUUCACCUGUGUGGUGUGUGCCUGUCCCCUGGAAGGCACCUCCUUCAUUGUGGACCAGGCCAACCGGCCCCACUGCGUCCCCGACUACCACAGGCAGUAUGCCCCUCGCUGCUCUGUGUGCACGGAGCCCAUCAUGCCGGAACCCGGCAAGGACGAGACCGUGCGGGUGGUGGCCCUGGAUAAGAACUUCCACAUGAAAUGCUACAAGUGUGAGGACUGCGGGAAGCCCCUGUCCAUUGAGGCCGAUGACAACGGCUGUUUCCCCUUGGACGGACAUGUGCUUUGCCGGAAGUGCCACUCGGCCCGUGCCCAGACCUGA